GAUUGGAAGUUAGUGUAAAUUUAAUCGUGACUACAACUAGACGUCGACAUAAUAACCUUGUUUCAGUCGAUUUUCGCUCUUCUAUAUUGAGAGUUUCAUUCUAUAUUGAAAGUUUAAUUACCUAACAGCAUUAGUGCAACUGCAGUUAGCAUGGACUUUGGAGACUUAUCAUCCAGGAGCAAUCUUUUGGGAUCCAACACCGUCUAUAGACCCACUGUUGUAUCCAACAAGCGUAGGGUACCUAGUGUUCGAAGGCAAAACCACCCUUCGGAUAAUUCGCCGUGGACAACAUUCUUCAAUCCAUGGAUUGGCAGGAAAUGGAAUGGACAGCAUCAAAGGCUGCCUUCCCAAGACACUCCGUGUAUUUCAGCCUGCACCACUGCCACGAACCUUUCAUCACUUGGAGACUUCCAAUCAACAAACACGAUCUGCAAUUAUUCGAGAAAAAUGCAUUUGGAGGAAAAUCUAAGGAUGACAAUACCUGAAAUUCAACCCUUACAAGACAACAAAGACAAAGAAGAACAAUAUGCAGUGCCAGAGCUACAGCAGAAGAAGCCACCUGUACCGUUUGCCCACAUUAAAACGCAGUUGAUUACUGCCAUCGCAGUGUCUUGGGUAUCCAUGAUUAUUGGAUACUGUUCAGCCUACACAUCUCCGGCUUCCAUUUCGCUGGAAAGGGAUUUCAAUCUGGACUCUGCCAAGUUGACAUGGAUUACAAGUUUGAUGCCCUUGGGAGCAUUGGGAGGAGGCAUCCUGGGAGGACUUCUGAUAGAAAACCUGGGAAGAAAAUGGACAAUUCUACUUACAGACUUGCUGUUCCUGGUGGCAUUUAUAGUUAAUUAUUUUGCACAAAACUACGUCUACAUGUACGUGAGCAGAAUUAUCUCUGGCGUUAGCGUUGGAGUGCUGUCGCUGACAUUGCCGGUGUACUUAGCAGAAACUGUGCAGCCAGAAGUACGAGGUACUUUAGGAUUACUACCAACUGCGUUCGGCAAUAUUGGAAUAUUGUUGUGCUACUUGUUUGGUACCUUUUAUGAAUGGCAACAACUCGCUCUGGUGGGCGUGGUUCUGUCAAUUCCAUUUGUGAUAGUAUUUUGGGUGAUAAGAGAAACCCCGAGGUUCCUAAUUUCGAGAGGUAAAGAGGAGGAAACGCAGCAAGCGUUGCAGUGGUUGCGCGGACCGAAUACGAAUAUAGAAAAAGAAUUCCACGAAUUGCAAAAGAGUUAUCAGGAAGAAACUGAAACUGACGAGACAGCGUGUGAAAGCUUGAAAGUGCUGUUUUCAUUGAAUAACUUCAAACUUAUGGGCAUUGUUUUGGGACUUAUGGCAUUCCAACAGUGGAGUGGUAUUAACGCAGUUAUCUUCUAUACUACGAAAAUAUUCAAGGAAUCUGGUUCAACUCUGGAUGAAACCAUAUCCACCACAAUCGUUGGAGUUGUAAACUUUAUCUCCACUUUCAUAGCCGCUAUCUUUAUCGAUAAACUUGGAAGGAAAGUAUUGCUAUAUAUUUCCGCCGUAUCGAUGGUGUUAUCACUCGGUGUACUUGGAGCUUACUUUUUCCUUAAAGAUGCCACUGACAUAGACGUAGGAUUCUUAGGAUUCUUGCCAUUGGCCAGUUUUAUCGUUUAUGUAUUGGGAUUUUCACUCGGCUUCGGCCCAAUUCCUUGGUUGAUGAUGGGAGAAAUUCUACCAGCAAAAAUUAGGGGUCCCGCAGCUUCAGUCGCUACUGGAUUCAACUGGACAUGCACCUUCAUAGUUACUAAAAUUUUCUUAUUGUUGGCGGACGAAAUCGGUUUUCACUUUACCUUCUGGAUUUUUGGGGCGAUCGUAUUUCUAUCGUUAUUGUUCACUAUUUUCUUUGUACCAGAAACCAGAGGUCAAAGUUUAGCCGACAUCGAAAGAAAGUUGGCUGGCAUUAAAGUGAGAAGAAUGAGUUCCGUAGCUAAUCUAAAACCAAUGCCAUCUAGUUUCUAAGUAAUGUUAUAUAAAUUGACUGAUUUACUUUAAGGAUUUUAUAAUAAAAUUAUUAUGAAAUGUUUCGCCGUUUUGUAAUAAUGGUAUUGAAAAAUACUUUACACGGUAAAAUACUAUGAAUCUCAUAUAAUAAACCCGUUCAAUUGUUUCACCAAGAAUUUCAAAUUAUCUCGAACCAGUGCCCGAGACUUCGAAUUUGUUUGCUUUAGUUUAGCAAUAAAUCGUGUUUUGUAGUUUUUAAGUAAUUACUGUAUAUAUCACCUAUUCAAAGACACUUUUAUUUAUUAUAAAUAUAUUUUUAUAGCUAAUAAAAAUAUUUUUUACCAAUUA